AUGAGCUCCAGUGCAUCAGUGUUAAUUCUUUCCAGAAGCAGUACCACAAGAACAGGAAGUGAUGAUGUUGCUGGUUAUUAUGCUGCUGAAGGUGGUGGCAACGCUGCUGGUGGCGGUGGUAGUAGCACUGCUGAAGGUGGUGGUAACACUACUGUUGGUGGUGGUAGUAGCACUGCUGAAGGUGGUGGUAACACUACUGUUGGUGGUGGUAGUAGCACUGCUGAAGGUGGCGGUUACACUGCUAGUGGUGGAAGAACCAGCCAGGCUCCUGCCAGGAGCGAACACUGGGUCUUGUUGGGAGACUCUCACAUGCGUUUCGUCCUGGCAUCUUUGGUCACACGCUUCAGAAGCCCCACACUCCAGUACCGAAUAGGAGAAAAG